AUGAUCUCGCAACUACCAACACCUCAACCUGGGCUUCUUGUCGCCAAGGCUCGCACGGACAGUACAUUCGAGCAAAUUCCAAUCAUGUCUGUCUCCCUGACACACUUCCCAACCCUGGUGGGUCUGAGGACCAAAAUUGACAGUGACUUCACGGAUGCCACCAGCGCCGACUUCGCCAAGCGCCGUGCUCUAGCAGAUCGAAUACGCGAUGCUAGUAUCAAUGUCGGCUUUUUCUAUCUCAAGAACCACACCAUCCAAGAGGCCGUCAUUGCUGAUACGAUAACUGCCGCCGGCGACUUUUUCGCUCUGCCUAUCAAUGCCAAGCUUGCUCUUGAUAUUCACAAGAGCACCAACUUCAAAGGCUACACAGCGCUUCUAGGGGAGAACACGAAUCCCGAGGGAAGGGGUGAUUUACACGAAGGAUUUGACCUUGGCUGGGAGGAACCAGGUAACAACGCCAUGUCUGGCGUGAAUGUGUGGCCAGCGGAGACGCUGCUCCCCGGUUUCCGCGACGUUAUGGAAUCCAACAAAAGGCGAUAUAGCCGUGCAGCAGUCUCGUUAGGACAACUUCUCUUCCCGCUAUUUGCGCUUGCGCUAGAUCUCCCCGAGGCCUUCUUCAACGACAAGACAACCAAGCCCGCCGCGAUAAUGCGACUCUUACAUUACCCGCCGCAGAAACCUGCCAUUGACGACGAUGGUAGGGUGAUUGGAAUCGGGGCACACACGGAUUAUGAGUGCUUUACAAUUCUCUGGCAGGACGCUGUCGGCGGUCUGCAGGUGCAAAACGCUGACGGUAAAUGGAUCGACGCGGUACCCGUUCCGGGAACCUUCGUCAUCAAUCUCGGAGACCAGUUUGCCCGUUGGACAAACGACGUCUUCAAGUCGACCGUGCACCGUGUCACCAAUCGGUCGGGACUGGAGCGAUACUCGAUCCCGCUCUUCUUUGGAACGGAUUAUGAUGUGCUUCUAGAGCCGCUUCCAAGCUGCAUUUCGGAAGAUUACCCCCCUCAAUAUGAGGUUGUCACCGCAGGGGACUACGUGAAACGUCGCUUGGAGGAGACCUAUGCGCAUUCAAAGAGCAACGGCGACUGA